GAGCAACAGAAGCAGAUCACAGAGGAGAAAAACAGACAUUUACUUUUCUACCAAGGGGUUUGGAAGAAAUACAGUUUCUCAGAAAUGGAUGAGAAGUGGAUUUCAAUCAUCUUGCUUUUCUCACCUGUCUGUGGUGUAUCUGCAUACGUUCCUCGUCAGUAAGUCUUUGUGAAUGAGAGUAAAACCUGGACUGAAGCUCAGAGCUACUGCAGACAGACCUACACUGACCUGGCCACCAUCAGUAACAUGGACGAGAUGAAGAAGCUCAAUUCUACUCUAAACACACUGAAAAACGCACCCAACAGCUCUGUUUGGAUCGGCCUAAAAAAAGGGGUUGCUGGGAAAUGGCUGUGGUCUCUUGCAGAUGGAAAUUUCUACAGAGAUGGAGACACGUACAGAAACUGGAGGGAGAGAGAACCUGACAAUGGGGGGAACAGGGACGAGUACUGUGUUGCGAUGUUUAAAGAUAAGGGAGACUGGUUUGAUGAGCAGUGUAAAGCAUUAUACUAUUUUGUGUGGUACAACGAAAAGAAGACGAGCACUGAAAGAUACGUGUUCAUUAAUGAGACAAAGAUCUGGCACGAUGCUCAGAGCUACUGCAGAGAACGUCACACAGACCUGGUCAGUGUGAGGAACCAGACGGAGAACCAGCUGAUUUUUAAUUCGUCAAAAAACUCAAAUUCUGAUAUUUGGAUCGGCCUGUUCAACGACUCCUGGCAGUGGUCGGAUCAGAGUGACUCCUCAUUCAGAUACUGGAUGUCUGGUCCAGAGAAUUAUGGUCAAGGUGAAAUGUGUGGUGCAGUGUUUGAGCAGGGCUACUGGAAUAAUGUGGCCUGCAACAACGAGCUCCCAUUCUUCUGCUAUGAGAAUAAGCUGAUCUUGAUCAAGGAGAAUCUGACCUGGAGAGAAGCUCUGAGAUACUGCAGAGAUAAUCAUGUGGAUCUGGUCUCAGUUCACUCUGAGGAGAUCCAGCUCUGGGUGAAGGAGGUUUCACAGAACGCCUCCACUGAACAUGUGUGGCUGGGUCUGCGUCACACCUGCACUCAGGGUUUCUGGUACUGGGUGAGUGGCUUUUCCAUCUGCUACCAGAACUGGGCUCCAGGUAACGGGACAGGAGGAGAAGACUGCAGCCCUGUAGAGAGAACCGGAGCGGUGCAGGCUAGAGGAGGUCAGCAGUGGGUCAGCCUGCCUGAGGACCACAAACUCAACUUCAUCUGCCUCACCUAUGAAGACUGAAACCAGCAGGUUCCUCGUCCAUAACCAGCUUCAGCAGAUCUACAGUUUUAUACUUUUUAUUUGCUUUUCUUGAUAGUCUGAGUUAUAAAGGUGUGCCAACAUGAAUGUUUACUGUACUCCUGACUGUUUGAUGUGCAUAUUUUACCUUUUUUUCAUCCAUCUAAGUUAAAGUGGGUCUAAUUAUUGAACCUCAAUCAGAAUGCAAUGCAAAUUGAACAUAAAGUAACUUUUAGCAUAAAUUGUAUGUAUUUGAUAUCCAUAAAUAAUGUCCUAAGAGGUUGUGUGUAUAGUCAUGAAACCGAUGUCAGUUCAGGUCUUUUGAAAACUUUCCUUUGUCUUUAUUUCAUUUUUAUUCAUGCCCAUUCCCUGUAUGCUUUCCUCUCCCACAUAGUUUAUUUUAAAAAUCAUGCUUUAGGGACUCAUCAGUGUCUUGUUCUUUGUUCAAUAAAGCUUAAAAUAAUCCACUCUA